GUAUAAAUAGUGGUAUGGAAUGUGUUGGACAGCAUCAGACAAGUUCAAGUUUUCGAACCUAAAGCACCAGAUCCAUAAUCAAAAUGUUCAAAUCCGCCGUCGUCGUUCUCGCUCUCGUCGCCUGCGCUGCUGCCAAGCCUGGACUCCUGGGUGCUCCCCUGGCAUACACUGCUCCUUUGGCUUACUCUGCUCCUCUGGCCUACUCUGCUCCUGCUGCCGUGCUAGCUGCUCCCGCUCCAGUUGUGACCGCCACCAGUAGCCAGGUGAUCGCCAGGAACUAUAAUGGAAUCGCCGCUGCUCCUGUGAUUGCUCCCGUUGCUGCUCCUCUGGCUGCUCCAGUAGUGGCCAAGUACGCGGCCGCUCCUCUGGCUGCACCUCUGGCCUACUCCUCGCCAUUGGCUUACUCCGCACCACUGAGCUACGCCGCUGCUCCUGCACCAUUUCUCAUCUAAAUGUUUACGCUGUGA